AUGGCCCCAGUGCUUGAAUUGCACUUGGAUCCACCAGUAAAUGGUGAGUUUUAUACGCUCGAAGAUGCCAUGACUGGCGAAGUCGUUUUGGAUUUGGAUAAGCCUCUGUCCAUUCGAGAAAUUGUAGUUCGACUGGUGGGGAACUCAGAAACACUGGUGAGGCCUGGGGAACACUCAAAAAAUGGAACAAGAACAAGUUUACAAGUACCCUUGGAGGACGAACAGUCCUCGCACAAAGUUGUGGACUUCGAAGUGUCUGUAUUCCCACCGCAAAAUGUUAAAUCUGCGAUCAGUGGUUCAAAAAAAGCUUUCAAAGUUGAAAGUGGAAGUUACAGCUUCAGUUUCGAGUUUAAACUCCCAGUGAAGCCCCAAUGCAUCGCCACACAUCCCAAAAAGGUGUACACAUACUCGAAAGACGAGUCUACAAAUGUACUGCCGCCUAGCUUCAACAGCGCUCUCAAGACGCAACAAGUCCAGAAUCUUGAUCUGUAUUUCUACUCUUUGGGAAAAGUAGAGUACUGCAUCGAGGCAGUGGUUUUGACAGGCAACGACGACUCCUGGUUUAGAGCAUUUCGAGUGUCAAAUCCCACAAUUAGGAAGUCCUUCGAGUUGAUCCCGUCAUAUUCCGCACAGAAACAGUUGCAAACCAUCAUGCGAAACCAAAACAGCGCUCCUGUUAUGACGUUUAUCUCGAAAUUUGACGUGACGUUUGAUGACGACGAUUUGAGGCUUUGGACAGAAGUGAGAUCCCGACAACUACGCUCCGUGUACAGAUUGGACGAUUUGUUUGUUAGUGGGUGUCAUAAGUUUGACCAAGUUUUCUUACUCAUGUCCUCGCCGCUUCCUGAAGGGUCCGAUCUCCGCUUGGUGCGAGCCGAGCUCAAUCUCAUAGAAUUCGUUACCUAUCUUGCUGGCGGCAGGUCGAAUGCCAACCUAAACAGCCUGCGGCUGGCGAAGGGCGUGGGGAACCUUCAAAUUGAUCUUUCCAAAAGUUAUACUAAUUCAGAUGGACAUCAGGAAUGUCCUAUCAACAUUGCAGAGCUUGCAGAGCUGGGUAGCUGCUGUUUUAAUGAAGAGGAUUUCAGAUACAGAGGCAAUCGUCUUUACAGCUUUAUUUCCUGUAAUAUUCGACGCCUGUUCAAGUUCCAAUUAUUCCUGACGAUGACUCUCGACGGGGCGGACACUUUCCAGUUCGAAGUGCUGACAGACUUUGUUAACGUCUUCUGCGAAUCUGUCACUAUGGAGACUCAACCUCCAGCUUAUGCUGAAGAUGAACCACUACCAAGCUACAAGUGA